AUGGCGGCAGUCGAAGCAUUUCCACCUCAAAAGGGUCGAGAUGCAGGACAGAUUUCGCGCCCCGACGACACAUGUCCAAAUCGCUCAAAACGACCGAAGCGCAUCCAUCAUGAUAGACCUCUCUUUCCCCCAGCUUUCUGGGACAAUUUGUCAAAAAUUCACCUAGACAAGCACGCCCUGAAAGAGUUAGAUAGAAGAAAUGCGCAACUGGCAGCAAGUUCUUGUUCACCAUACGGAACGCGACACCUUUUCGAUCCCGCGACCACUAGUGAUGCGACCACUAGUCCUGCGAGGGGAAGGACUUCACUUCUUUCCGCUACCGAUUUUCUUCGUCAUUGUGAUCGAGACCAGCUUAGAGAACUUGAACAGCUCGCAGGAGACGGCGGGCCCGAUAUGUCGGAUGUGAGAGGCAGCAUGAGGCCUCUACCCCGUCCAGUGAUCCAGAGCGAGACUGGGACACAUGCAUGCAAGCCCACUUCUCACACCGCAUUGACCACUCACGCUACCAAUGAGCCUACAACCGAGAAGAACAAUCAGACUACCGACCAGAGAACCACACAAACUGUCAAAAGCAGUAGCCCAUACUGUCCCAACUUUGAUCAGAACCUCACCGAUGGGGGGGUUUACCCUGCUAAUUUCUUGUUUCAAGAUGGUGAAGCAGCCAAAAGACCGGGUAAUUGGGAGCAGAUCAACCAACGACUAGGCGUACGACGACUCUCUCUUUCACCCUCGAGUUUCUCGGAAGCAGAUUUUCAAAAUUUUGCUAAAAACAACGACAAUGCUCACAAGGAGAAGCAAGUGACCACAUCGGUAAUACCAAUUAUCGAGGGCAAGAUCAUCGACCCUGGAUCUGUGUGCGGCGGAAUCCGAUGGACAAAUUUGGAUCCUCUCACAGAUGGAACAAUUGUCCCUGGCAAUCCUGACAUCUAUUACGGCGCCCGUCCCGAACGAUUGGACCGACGCGUCCGGGAUGAGCUGAGGAACUCUAUCAUUCCAUCAAAACAGGAUUCCCUCCCUAUCGUGCCAAAUUUCUUUCUAGCUGUGAAAGGCCCUGAUGGAACUGAGAGAGUUGCGAAUAGCCAGGCUUUGUACGAUGGAGCUUUAGGGGAGAGGGGCAUGAUUCGCCUAUUAUCAUUCGGACAUGAGAAGCCAGUCUUAGACAACAACGCGCAUACGAUUUCAUCGAUAUACUACCAUGGUUACCUUCAGCUGUUCACCAUCCACGCUGCAUCACCGACUGGUCCUGGUGGCAGACCGGAAUAUUUCAUGCACCGAUUGAGAUCCUUUGCCAUGAACGACUCUCCAGAAACAUUUCGACAGGGAGCCGCUGCCUACAGGAAUGCUCGGGAUUGGGCGAAAGAGCAAAGAGACCAGGCCAUCGAGCAAGCAAACGCGAGGGUAAAUGGCCGUCAAAGCACAAUACUUGGGGUCGAGACCAGUGUCGAGCAGGCGUCGAGCCUCACGUCCGAGCCUAGAUUGGGUGAUGCCAACACCGAGACUCCGAUCCAGGAGACACAACCCCAUCCAACCGAAGAUCUCGAAUCGACUCUCAAUUCUCACAACUCUGCAGUCUCGUCCGGCGAGCUUUCAUCGAGUCAAGGGUCUACCAAACGUUUACACAGACAACCUCUAGAACAAUCUCCGCCUCAGAAUAAGCGUCAGAAUGUUCGCCAGUCUGACGACGGUGAUGAACACCUGUGA